AUGAAUACUGAAAUACUUAUUGCCGAGAUUCUUGCUAGGCCAGCUAUUUGGCAGUCUAGCCACCCACAGCAUAAAUUCAAACACGUAGUUAAAAGAUUAUGGGAAGAAAUAAAAAUAAAAUUUUCAGAAUAUAAAGUGAGUGAUCUGAAAAAGAAAUGGAAGAACCUGAGGGACACGUAUAGUAAAGAAUUAAAGAAAAUACCUAAAUCCCGGUCGGGCGAUUCAUUUUCGAAUUAUGAACCAGCCUGGAAAUACUUCACGCUACUAGGAUUUUUGAAAGAUGAAUACAUGCAUUUAACCGCCGAAUCAAACUUAGAUGUAGGGGACAGUGAAAUAAUCGAUUCCGGAGACGAUGAUGAUAUAUCUGUUGAAGUUUUAUUAAAUGAAGUAAGGUCACCACCUUCUCCUACUCGUACAUCUUCACCGAUGGAACCCUCUACAUCAAGUUCAAAAAGAAAGCGACAAAAUAUACAAGAUAUUCGAGCAGAAUAUUUAGAGAUUGAGAAAAAAAAACCAAAAAUAUUAGAAAACGAUAUCUCUAGAAAUAUACCUGUUGACAGUGAAAACAAAACCGGUGAUUACUAUUUUUUAAUGAGUAUUUUGCCUGAAAUGGAAAAACUGCCUACUAUACAAAAAAUCAGGUUGAGAAAUAAAAUUAACCAGGCUCUUUUAGACGAACUAACUUAUGGGCUACAUGGUUACCCUUCUCAACCAAACCAACUAAAUAAUUCUAAUAACGAAUAG